CGCAAGAUCAUGGGCAAGAUCUUAGGAACAAAAAUAUCUUGACAUCCUGUACCAAAGAUCUUGCCAAGAUCUUUUCGAAAAAAUCUAAGAUGUCAAGAUCUUGGUUCCAAGAUGUUCGACUAGGGUAACUUUUCAUAAUGACAAAAUUGUGAUUGCGGUCGUUGUUUUUGUUAUAGUUGUUGUAAAUUAUCAGAAGACACUUAAACAAACAGCAACAUCGACAAAAGACUUUUUCUCUAAGGGUUCUCCUUUAUCAAUUUCGGUUCAAUUUAUUCUGCAAAGAAUAUGCCAAAAAAGUAUACAGACUAAUUGCAAUCAAUAAUUACAUUUAUUCAAUCAUUUAGUUUCUAUUUACUAAUGGCUUGAUACGAUAUGAAUUAAAUAUAGAGGAACAGGGAGGAAAAGACGUGAGCAUAGCAAGUAUCACUAUCCGGCAAAGAAAAGUGCAUUAACGUUUUCUUUUCAACAUGUACAAUUUCCAUGGUUAUAGAGGCCGACAGAGAUAAAAUAAUUGUUACGUUUAUUAUCCUCUUCGUAUCAAGCGUAAGAAUCAGUACACUUUAUGUUGUAUAUGUAUAAUACGCAUAGCAGUUGAAGGAGCACAGUACUUCCUAUAAAGUCACGUUAAAAGCGUAGCAAAAGUACGGUGAAACCGUAGCAUUAUCACGCUGAAUCCAAUAUAAAAUAUAUUUUCACUAGACAUGUGCAGUAACGGUAAAAACCUAUUACCGUUACCGUUAACAACUUCAAAUUUUUACCGCGAUAAUUUGAAAUCGGUAAAAAAUCUCAAAAUUUUACCACGGUAAACUUCGGUAAAAAACUUUUUUACCGUUACCGCUCAUGCCUGAUUUUCACCUUGUAGAAAUGGCAGUGAACGGAAGAAAAUUUAUAUAAGGAAUACCAUUUGGUAAUUUCACAUAAAAACCGAGCUUCAGUGACGGUGACCUAUUGGCUUUUGAUGAAAUAUGUAGCAGAUUAGAUUAGAGACAAAUACUUCAACCUUUUUUUCUUGUUCUCUAUCCACCAGAACUAUAGCGAGCGCUUCUGUCAAUAUAACAAGUUGAGUGAAAUUUUACUUUCGAAUAACGAAAGUUUCUCAUUGUUCAUGGUGUGAAAUGAUGAAAUAAAGUCUAAACUAAGUGAUGUGCUUCUCUUGUUUUUUGUGAUUUCGAGUCGAUACUAUACACAAUUAGUUAUGUUCUUGGAUGUAGGUUUUGUCUAUGAGUUGGCAUGUUUAUUUUUUUAGAUUUGAUUUAACGCUAAAGAAGAGAGAAAAAUGGUGGGCAGUUGGGAAGAGCAACGAUUCCUUUAUCCUAAACAAUAUUGGGAAAUGUUUCCAAUAUGGGAACGUAAAUUUGAUAUACAACCAUUCAAAUAUGAACGAAAUCGAUUACCAUUUAAAAUGAAUAAUGAAGAACGUUUAUGGCGCAAACAAUGGCUGGAAGAUCAAGUAUUACAUCCAGACGAGCCUCAAAAUAUUCCUAAUUUAGAUAAACUACGUUUAAAUCCUAUACGUUACCGCUGGAUGAGAUUUUGGGAUGGCGCAUUCAAUAAAAUUCGACCGAUAGUUGGUGGAUAUACACCUGUUUUACGUUAUUCAAUACCAAAAAUAUUAGUGAUCCAUACUAUGGGUAUUUUAUUCACUUAUUAUUGUUUAUAUAGAAAACAAAAUUGGGAAUAUUCCGGUGGUGCAAGCUUUUAUGGGUAUAAAGGGGACUGGGGUACAGAAGCAGAAAAACAUUUAACAUCACAAGAUUAUUAUGAUCGUGGAUUUCAAGCUCGCAAAGCAUGCCGUUAUGCUGAACAUAAAUAUUAG